CCAGGCGGCGGCUGCACGAUGUUUGAGAAGGUGGUCGUGAUCGACUGCAAGAACCAUCUGCUCGGCCGGCUGGCGUCGAUCGUCGCCAAGGAGCUGCUGAACGGCCAGCGCGUCGUGUGCGUGCGCUGCGAGGACAUCAACAUCUCCGGCUCCUUCUACCGCAACAAGCUCAAGUUCCUCGACAAACUGCGCAAGCGCACCAACACCAACCCGGCGCACGGGCCUUACCACUUCCGCGCGCCGAGCCGGAUCUUUCACCGCGUGAUUCGCGGGAUGAUCCCGCACAAGACGCACCGCGGCAAGUGCGCGAUGGAGCGCCUCAAGGCGUUCGACGGCAUCCCGGAGCAGUACGAAAAGUCGAAGCGCAUGGUCGUGCCUGACGCCUUCCGCGUGACCCGGCUAAAGCCGGGCCGGCGCUACUGCGUGCUGGGGCGCAUCUCGCUCGAGAUUGGGUGGAAGCACAAGGAGGCGGUCGAGCGCCUCGAGGCCAAGAGGAAGGAGCGGUCGGCAGUGUACUGGGAGGAGAAGAAGGCGCAGCUUGGCAAGGCCAAGGCGGCCAAGGCGGCCGUCGCCGAUCAGUUCGACGCCAAGCUCGCCAAGUUCGGCUACUAGAGACGCGCGUGGUGUACACACUGCUCAGUACACACUGCUGCUCGGGCUCCCCUCCUCCCGACGACCGAGGGUGCGUGGCGGUGGCAUCGCCAUGAGCUCGGCGUCUCCGCCGCUUCUCUUGCGACUUGCGUCUCGCUUGCUUUGGGAGGGCGACCGUGGAGCCGGCCCCGGGUGGUGUGUGGCGCUCCGCCUCCGGCGCACCCCAUCUGUCUUGAGAGAGUCUCCAUAUCUAUCCAGAUUCUCCGUUUGCGUUUUGUUCUGUGUGAGAAUAUGGCAAACCAUG